AAAAAAGAGUAUAAUUCUUCCAUAGCUCAAGUGCAAUUGGGUCGCGUAAAGAGCGGGGUCGCACACUCAGGUCGCCGCAGCUGCGCGUUUAUUGACUUCUGAACCCCCGCUUGCUCUCAGUUUUCACGUUUGUACUUUCCUGUCUUUCUCUGUGUGGCAAUUCAUCAAACAGUUGCCAACAGUCGUGGAGAGGAGAGGAAUUAGACCGCAGUUCCGUGAAACAUGUCUCUGCGGCCGAGCAGCAGGACGGAUGUGCGGAAGAAGAGCUACAAGAUUGGUGUCGACGCUGAGGAGGCGCGGCGGCGGAGGGAGGAUAAUUUGGUAGAGAUCAGGAAGAAUAAGCGCGAGGAUAAUCUCCUCAAGAAGCGGCGCGAGGGUCUUCUCAGUGGCAGCUUUCCUCUGCAGCCGCAGCUCUUUCCUCUCGAUCCAGUUCAAUCCUCUGCCGCCAUUGAGAAAAAGUUAGAAAGUAUUCCUUUGAUGGUACAAGGAGUAUGGUCCAAUGAUCCUAGUGCUCAGGUGGAGGCAACCACCCAGUUCAGGAAGCUUUUAUCAAUUGAACGAAGUCCUCCAAUUGAUGAGGUGAUUAAAGCUGGGGUCAUCCCUCGCUUUGUUGAGUUCCUUGGAAGGCAUGAUCUGCCUCAGCUGCAAUUUGAAGCUGCAUGGGCUUUGACGAAUGUUGCUUCAGGGACAUCUGAACAUACGCGAGUUGUAAUUGAGCAUGGUGCCGUUCCUAAGUUUGUGCAACUUCUUAGUUCUGCCAGCGAUGAUGUUCGUGAGCAGGCAGUUUGGGCUCUUGGUAAUGUUGCUGGUGAUUCUCCAAGUUGUAGGGAUCUUGUCCUUGGACAUGGUGCUCUUGUGCCACUGCUAAGUCAGUUAAAUGAUAAUUCAAAGCUCUCGAUGCUGAGAAAUGCUACAUGGACCUUAUCUAAUUUCUGCCGCGGGAAGCCACCCACUCCUUUUGAGCAGGUGAGACCUGCAUUGCCUGUUCUUCGGCAACUCAUCCAUUUGAAUGAUGAGGAGGUUUUGACUGAUGCCUGCUGGGCUCUUUCUUAUCUUUCCGAUGGAACAAAUGACAAAAUUCAAGCCGUGAUUGAGGCAGGUGUCUGUCAACGACUUGUGGAGCUUCUGCUCCAUCCAUCUCCUACCGUUCUCGUACCUGCUCUUCGGACAGUGGGGAAUAUUGUCACUGGCGAUGAUGCUCAGACACAGUUUGUGAUAGACAACCAAGUUCUCCCAUGUCUCCAACAACUUCUCACUCAAAAUCAUAAGAAAAGCAUUAAAAAAGAAGCUUGUUGGACAAUUUCUAAUAUCACUGCUGGGAAUAGAGCUCAAAUUCAGGCUGUUAUUCAGGCGGAUAUCAUUCCUCCUUUGGUGCAACUUCUUGAACAUGCAGAGUUUGAGAUAAAGAAAGAGGCUGCAUGGGCAAUCUUCAAUGCCACCUCUGGGGGAUCUCCUGCGCAGAUUAGAUUGUUGGCAAGUCAUGGUUGCAUUAAGCCACUGUGUGAUCUCUUAAUCUGUCCAGACCCAAGGAUUGUUACUGUGUGCCUGGAGGGGCUUGAAAAUAUUUUGAAGGUGGGUGAAAUAGACAAAGAAAAUGGCAUGAAUGGUGGAAUCAACAUCUACGCACAAAUGAUUGAUUACUGUGAAGGAUUGGACAAACUAGAGAAUCUCCAGAGCCAUGACAAUAAUGAGAUAUAUGACAAGGCUGUGAAGAUAUUAGAAAAAUACUGGGUUGAGGAAGACGAGGAUCAGAAUCUUGCUGAUGGUGUAGACGGAAAUCACCAAGGUUUCAGCUUCGGCAACAAUAAGGCAAAUGUUCCUGCUGGAGGCUUCAACUUUGGUUGAAAAGCUCUCCGGAUCUUACUUCUGCUAUUUCAGGUCUGUUUACCUUUCAUCAUGUUUUAAACUUCAGUGUUUGUGCCAGUUUAUUGUUUCAAACUGUUACGGUUUUUGGUCUGGCAAAUAGGCUUUAAUCAUCUUUGGGAAUUUUGGGAAGUGUAGCCUUUAAAUUUUAUAGUUCUGUUUUAGUUACUGUGGCGUUACAAAGAGAAUAUUUGUUGUUGCCUUUUGACUUUGUAUAUUUAGAUUGUAGACUUGUAAUCUUAUCAAGUCUCUCUCGAAUUCGUGGUCCUAACCUUCAUCUACAUAUGUUGAUAGACAAGCAUCACUGUAAUGUAUGUUUUCUCAUGGCAAUGAUACUAGAAAGAAAAGGCAUAACAUAUUGCCUUUGUGCUCUUA